AUGGCCAAGACCAGAAGCGCCAACUGUGGCCCCGCAUGCCUCAAUAGAUCUCCCGAUUCGGAGGCCGUUGUAGAGACGACGGAGAAUAGGAAGCGAUCGAGAUCCCAAUUCCCGGACCAAAGCCCGAUCGAGACUCGUUCUCCGGCGAAAUGGAGACCUCCUCGUGGUUGCAAGCUCUUAUGUUCUCCUAAAUCUCCAAGGAAAAGAUUGUCUGAUCAAUUUUCUCAGAGAUCCAAGUGGAAUCCAAGAGAUCCUGCGCAGAUGCAAGCAGUUAAGGAAGCGCUGCAUGUAGCUACAGUCCCUACCAAUGUGGCAUGUCGCGAGGAUGAGCAGAAAAGGAUUCUUGAGUUCUGCAAGGCGUGCAUCGAACAAGAGAAAGCUGGUAGUUUGUAUGUAUGCGGUUCCCCUGGAACUGGAAAAUCGUUGUCCGUUGAUAAAGUGAAAGACCUUCUAGCUGUGUGGUCAAAAGAGGUUGGAUUUCAGUCACUAGAUACAUUAGCCAUAAAUUGCACUUCUCUCCCUAACACAUCUGAAAUUUUUGGCAAGAUACUUGAGAAAUUUAAUUCUCGUAAGAAGACAAGCAAUGGUUUUUCGCCUCUGCAGGAUCUCCAAAAUUUAUUUUCUCAAAAAAAGCCGCCAUCUUCAGGAAAGAUGAUGUUGAUCAUUGUUGAUGAGAUGGAUUACUUGAUAACUAAAGACUGUGCCGUGCUUCAUAAUCUUUUCAUGCUGACAACUUUCCCAUUUUCCAGAUGCAUUCUAAUAGGAAUAGCAAAUGCCAUCGACUUAGCAGACCGAUUUCUUCCAAAACUUGAAUCACUGAAUUGCAAACCUUUGGUUAUAACUUUCCGUGCUUACUCUAAAGACCAGAUACUGAAAAUCCUUCACCAGAGGCUUAUGGUUCUUCAAUUCGAUGUCUUCCAACCUUUAGCACUGGAAUUUUGUGCUCGAAAAGUUGCAGCGGCUUCUGGAGAUAUGAGAAGAGCACUUGGUGUUUGCAGGAGUGCAGUUGAGGUGCUUGAAGCACAGCUGCGAGAUGCUACUAGAAACCAAGAUACUGACAUUGUGAUGUUUGAUCAUAUGGAUAUUGCUUUAUCCAAGGCAUUCAAGUCAGCAGUAGUAGACACCAUACAAGCUCUUCCACAACAUCAACAGGUAAUAUUAUGCUCCCUAGUGAAGCUAUUUCGCCAGUGCAAGAAGAAUGCUACAACUCUUGGAGAGCUGAAUAAAUCAUAUUUGGAAACCUGCAAAUCCAGUCAAAUCCCUGCAGUUGGAACACUGGAAUUUACAAACUUGUGCAAAGUGCUGAGUGAUCAGGGGCUUCUCAAGCUUGGGCAAUCUAGGGAAGAUAAAUUGAAGAGAGUGACAUUACAAAUUGAUAGUUCAGACAUCAUAUUUGCUUUCAAGGGAAUUCGAUUUUUUCAAACUUGCCUGGAGUAGUGAUGAUCUUAGAUAAGUUGAAUCUGGAUUCUUUUUUUAAAAAAAGAAAAAAAA